AUGACAGCCUGUGCCUGUCACCACGUAAUUCUUUAUAUUGUUUUCCCUGCUUGUUUUCUCUGCCCCGUUCUCUCUAAACAUUUUGUUUUCUAUACUUCUGUAGAAAUUAUUUUCAAGUUCGCAUUUUUUGAGUUUUAUUGCCAAUCCCCGCCCUUUUUUGAUCUCUAUUUAAGUCGGCGGGCAAGCCUUAAAAUUUAUCCUUAUCUACUCCUUACAACUUCCAUUUUUUGGGAUCAACGUGUGGCUUGCCUGUGGACUUUUUUUGGCCUUACCAUGUUCAAUUGGAUUUUUUAUUUGUGGAAUAAAUUUUUACUGGUUUGGACUGUGCCUGGUUUCUGUGGUGUUUCAAAGUGAACCAACCGUGCCCUGGUUCACUACUUGUUCAACUGAGUCGACUGUUCGAAAUCAAUGCUCAGUGUGAAUUCUGGUUCUUGGUGGAUU